GUUUGAUAUUUUUUUGCCAUUCGCGCGCUCGGGCGGGUCAGAGACUGCUGCUUCCUUCAGCCGCAACCUGUAGGUGUGGAUCCAUGAGGCGCAUCCAAGUCCUCGCCCGGGCAGUCGUCCCAUCGUUGGUCUUGGCCCCUUUCGCCUCCCAGAGCUGCCUGUUUACGGGUUGCCUUUUGCAACGCGGUUCGGCCGCCCCGCUGGCGGCACGCUGUGCUUCCGGUGAAGCUAAGGACGAGGUGCAGUUGGCAAAAGAAGCCGCCGAAAGCAGGACCGACACUGCCCCAGAAACGAUCUUUGACAAGAUUAUCCGGAAGGAGAUUCCUUCCAAGAUCGUUUUCGAGGAUGAUCGCGCCUUGGCCUUCCGGGAUGUGAGUCCACAGGCGCCGGUGCAUGUCUUGGUGAUUCCCAAGGUGCGUGAUGGCCUUACCCAGCUCCAAAAUGCCCGAGAGGACCAGGAGGCACUCCUGGGACACCUCCUCUAUGUGGCGAGUCGCGUGGGCAAAGACGAGUGCCCCGAAGGUUAUCGCAUCGUCAUCAACGACGGCAAGCAUGGAGCACAGUCGGUCUACCACCUCCAUGUCCACGUGAUGGGCGGCCGACAAAUGGGUUGGCCUCCAGGAUAGGAAAGCUUUCAAUAUUAUGUAUAAUAGAUUUCAUUUCAAAUGAUUGAAUGCAUCAAAAGAAAA